CCAGCCCCAUCCCGGGGGGCGGCCCGGGCGCGUGGGGGCGGGGGUAGGGGCAGAGGUGCGCGGAUCUCCGACCCGGGAGUGGGAGUGCUGCAGCGUCUCCUGGCUGCCCCGGGGGAGGGGCACGUGGUCCCGGAAUGUGGGGGGGUCCCGAAACACCUGGGUGCACCCCAACCGAUCCCCCGGGCGUGGGGGUGGUUUACCCACUCCAUGGCCCCUCCGGACUUAGGACUCCGUGGCUUCUCGAGGUCCCAGACAUUAUUCAUCUCCCCUGCAGCGCCUUGGGACCCCGGCAUCUCAUAACCGCCCCCCCCACCUCCAAAAAAUUCCCAUCCUAUCUGCAGCCGGGAGAGGCACUAAGGACUCCAACUCCCAUCAGUCCCUGCAGUGCCUGGUCUAUGAAGCCGCAGCAAUGCGAGCGCAAGGCCUGCCGGGAAUUGUAGUCUUUAAGCUUAACAGGAGCUGGGGGCCCGAAGGUGGGAAGGGGGUGGCCGGACCUCCCGGGGGUCGCCUGAGGUCGAGCAGCUGGCCCGAGUAGGACAAGAUGUGAGGCUCGGGCUAAGCUUUUUCUCACGGCCACGGCCCCCAGAUCCGGCCCCCUCUCCCACCACCUGGGUCUUGGGGACAGUUCCGCAGCCCCUUAUCCACCCUACAACCCCAAUGGGCUACCGCCAGCCGCCGCCUCCGCUGCCAUCCAGGACAAGGCAGGGAUAAGCGCAGGUUUCAGAGAACUCCCCCGAUGACCCACCUCCAGGUCCCUUUGUGACACAUCCUUCUUUUAGGGCAGUUCUCACAGUCUGAGGGCUAUGUGUCCAUAUGAGUGUGUUUGUUGAUUUGAUUGUCCUUACGUCCUCUCAUUGGACUGUGACACCAGGAGGCCGGGGACCGAGUGGGGCUUGUUCCCUGCUGGAUCUGCAGCAGCCCACACAGUGCCUUGAGCGUAGUUGGUGCUCAGUGAAUAUCUGUUGAAUGCACGAAGGAGAAAUGGCGGUUCCAUUGUCUCUCCAUCCCUAAAUUCUGUCCCUGCAUCUGUGCAACCCUAAUCUUUGUCUCCUUGUCUGUCCAACCCUUUAUUUGCACAUCCUGAAUCUCUGCCCCUUGCCUGGCCUUCCCAGUCUCUUCCUCCUUGUCCAUUUCCUCCCAGUUUCUUUUCCCUUGUUCAUUGCCCUCCCAAUCUCCAUCCCCGUGUCCCUCCACCUCCCAAUCUCUGUCCCUUUGUCACUCCACUCCCAGUCACUACCCCUUGCCUAUCCUCUUUCAUUCUCUUUCCACCCCUUAUCCAUCCCCUCUCUCCCCCCCAUCCCAUUCCCCAUCUGUACCCUUGCCCGGCCCCUCCCAAGCACAGGACUCGCUGGCCACCAUGUCAGGAGACUACGAGGAUGACCUCUGCCGUCGGGCGCUCAUCCUGGUCUCGGACCUCUGUGCACGGGUCCGAGAUGCCGACACCAGUGACAGGUGCCAAGAGUUCAACGACCUGCGAAUCAGAGGCUAUCCCCGGGGGCCAGAUGCAGACAUCUCCGUGAGCCUGCUGUCGGUCAUCGUGACGUUCUGUGGCAUUGUCCUUCUGGGUGUCUCCCUCUUCGUGUCGUGGAAGCUGUGCUGGGUGCCCUGGCGGGACAAGGGAGGCUCGACCGUGGGCGGUGGUCCCUUGCGCAAAGACCUAGGCCCUGGGGUCGGGCUGGCAGGCCUGGUAGGCGGUGGUGGGCACCACCUGGGGGCCGGCUUGGGUGGCCAUCCCCUGCUGGGGGGCCCGCAUCACCAUGCCCACACGGCCCACCAUCCGCCCUUCGCCGAGCUGCUGGAGCCGGGCAGCCUAGGGGGGUCUGACCCCCCUGAGCCCUCUUACUUGGACAUGGACUCCUACCCAGAGGCCGCAGCUGCUGCAGUAGCCGCGGGGGUCAAACCGAGCCAGACAUCUCCCGAGCUGCCCUCGGAGGCCGGGGCAGGCUCGGGGCUGCUCCUGCUGCCCCCCAGUGGUGGGGGCCUGCCCAGUGCCCAGUCGCAUCAGCAGGUCACAAGCCUGGCACCCACCACCAGGUACCCCGCCCUACCCCGGCCCCUCACCCAGCAGACCCUGACCCCGCAACCAGACCCGGGCAGUGAGGAGCGGCCGCCCGCCCUGCCCUUACCCCUGCCAGGCGGAGAGGAAAAGGCCAAGCUCAUCGGACAGAUCAAGCCAGAGCUGUACCAGGGGACUGGACCCGGCGGCCGGCGGGGCGGCGGGGGCCCCGGCUCUGGGGAGGCCGGCGCGGGGGCGCCCUGCGGCCGCAUCAGCUUCGCCCUGCGGUAUCUCUACGGCUCCGACCAGCUGGUGGUGCGGAUCCUGCAGGCCUUGGACCUUCCGGCCAAGGACUCCAAUGGCUUCUCAGAUCCCUACGUCAAGAUCUACCUGCUGCCUGACCGCAAGAAGAAGUUUCAGACCAAGGUGCAUAGGAAGACCCUGAACCCCGUCUUCAACGAGACGUUUCAGUUCUCGGUGCCGCUGGCUGAGUUGGCGCAGCGCAAACUGCACUUCAGCGUCUAUGACUUUGACCGCUUCUCCCGGCACGACCUCAUCGGCCAGGUGGUGCUGGACAACCUCCUGGAGCUGGCCGAGCAGCCCCCCGACCGCCCGCUGUGGAGGGACAUCGUGGAGGGUGGCUCGGAAAAAGCAGAUCUUGGGGAGCUCAAUUUCUCACUCUGCUACCUCCCCACGGCCGGCCGCCUCACCGUGACCAUCAUCAAAGCCUCUAACCUCAAAGCGAUGGACCUCACCGGCUUCUCAGACCCCUACGUGAAGGCCUCUCUGAUCAGCGAGGGGCGGCGUCUGAAGAAGCGGAAAACCUCCAUCAAGAAGAACACGCUGAACCCCACGUACAACGAGGCGCUGGUGUUCGACGUGGCCCCCGAGAGCGUGGAGAGCGUGGGGCUCAGCAUCGCGGUGGUGGACUACGACUGCAUCGGGCACAACGAGGUGAUCGGCGUGUGCCGCGUGGGUCCCGACGCCGCCGACCCCCACGGCCGCGAGCACUGGGCCGAGAUGCUGGCCAACCCGCGCAAGCCCGUGGAGCACUGGCAUCAGCUGGUGGAGGAAAAGACUUUGACCAGCUUCACAAAAGGCAGCAAAGGAUUGUCAGAGAAAGAGAACUCAGAGUGAGAGUCCCGCAGGUCUGGCCAAGGCUUGGAAUCAGACCAGGCCCCCUGAGGACCCCAUCCCUUCCUGCCCGGACUGUGAAUUCAUCUCCUCGAAGCCAUAACGUCCGAGCUGCGUGGUGCGAGGCAGCCCUGGGCCUGCCCAUCCUUCUACCCCUGGAGGCUUGGGGGUGGUGGGAGGCAGGCGGGCCCAGCUCCCUGUUUCAAAGUGGGGGGCAUUCAGUCUCCACUGUGUCUGUCUUCCCUCCCCGGGGCUCCCCAUCCAGGUGAGGGGCCAUGCAUGUCUGGGGGAUCCCUGCCCCCCAAAACCUCUGUCUGUCUGUCUGUUGUCUGUCUCUUUGCUGUUUGUACAAGACUUACUGUCCUAACCCUCGUGCUGGCUGUGAAUGUCUACGGACCAAUCUCCCGUGUCCCCCUAGACACGCACACGCCCGUGUCCACCCUGUCUGUUCACUACACCCUGAGUCUGGCCGAUUCCCCCCACUGCUGCUGCUAUCAACUCCAGAAUAAACACAUACAUUGGGUCUC